AUGACACCCUCCGCCACGAUGUUGACGACCCUCACGCCCCAGCGCAAGCACCGUAAGCUCCUCAAGGAUGGAUCCGGCGGCGAGGUCUGGCCCGAGGCCGUCGAGCGUAUAUUUGUGACUGGCCUCGAGGCAUACUUGAAGUCUAACUACGCUACCUACUCGCGCGGUCGCAGCCGCUGGAGGAACCAGUUCCUCGUCGACCACCUCCGCGCCCAUGGCAUCGAACGGACGAAGAAGCAAGUGGCUUCCCACAUCCAAGUCCUCCGCAAUAUGUGGAAGGGCGAACCUCAGUUCUACCUCGUCGCCGGUGGCGCGGACGAUGACAUCCAGCCCGCGGCCCAUCCCCACCACAUCCAUCGCGAAGGCCAUCGCGUAUCAAGCAUCUCCCCUUCUAGAGGCCGCCGCAGCUCGUCGCUUCACCGAGUAGGUAGCCCUAGCCGCCAGCCGAUGUCGAUACCCACCGCCAUGGGUUCCUUCGGCAGCCCCGCGAACUCGGGCAGCCCGGGGGCGCUCAGCGGCCUCCCACAUAGCCCGUCGGGGUACAGCCCCGGCAGCGCCCACGACAUGGGCAGUCCAUCGACUAUCGGCAGCCCGGGCAGCGUGAAACGCGAGCAGCAAUCCCCCUACGGCUCCCCUAUCGGUGGCGCAUCGCGCUCCCCUCCCAUUAAAGUCGAGGAGGACCUGGCCAUGGACACGGGCGGCCCGGCCUCCGUGUACGACUCUGAACACGUUUCCAUGUACGACAACGUCCAUGUGUUCACUGGCCUACCCGCUGCGGACGGCGGUCUAUCGGUUCUUCCGAUGAACACGAUUGAAGGCGGUGCUGCUACGGGGCUACCGGAUUUGGGCCUCAGCACGUGUUCGUACGAGUUCAAGUAUCCAUCCCAACCCGGCGACGCCUACUCCUCGCGGCACCCGAUCGACUACUCGCACAACGGGCUGUACUCGUCGCCCAACAACUAUGCCUCGUCGCAGUUCUCGCCUCAGCCCUCGCUGGUCAGCGACCUCAGCGACUCCUCAAUGUCCUCUGCGCGGUUCAGCGGCAACAUGUCCGACUAUCAGCGGUACAGCUUGAUGUCGUCGACAUCGUCCGACGCCCACUACCAGUCGUUUGGCGCCUACAACGAAGCGCCCGGCGCCAAUCCCUCCGCCACAUACGGCGCUCUUGGGAUGUACAACAUGGAGCCCUCCGCCCCGAACGGGGGAGGUGUGCUGCUACCCAGCGGCCUUCCCGCACCGAUGCUCGCUCCGUCAUAUUCGGGCGAUAUCUAUAAAAACCAAGGUCCAUCCACCCACGCAUAUUACGCACAACCGUCCCAGCCGCGACGCGCGCCGUCGCAAACCGGCUCGCCUUACGCGCAACAGCCUCAUCCGCCCGCCGCGUCUGCGCCCUCUGCCCAGCACCAGCCUCAUGCCGCCGCCUCCGCCCAGCAUCAGCCUCGUGCCGCCGCCCAGCCCGCCUCCCCACCUGCGGCCUAUCCCCUCGUGUCCUCAUUUGUCGUCACAGCUCCAGGCAUGCAGGCGCUGCACGUGCCGGCGGGCGAGCUGCACGCACAGCUCGCACCCACCGCGCUCCUGCCCGGCACGCCACUGUGCAUCAAGGUGCAGGUGAACGUGGAGGACGUGGCGCUGCUGCACGCCUUCCAGGCCGCGCUCACGAUCGACGGGCUCUGGACGAGCGGGGGCACUUACCUCACGAAGGUGUACCGGCCGGAGGGUGGUUCGGGCAAACCAAAGCUCAUCCACGACGGCAGCACCGCGCUCACCGUGCGCGGCGUCGAGCGGGGCGUCGUGCACGCGGACGCGCUGGCGUUCGCGGGGCUCGAUUUGCGGCGCGGGGACACGAUUACGCAGGACAUCUACGUGGACCGGCGGCCCGUGCUGAUGGUGGUUUACCAGGUCGGCUCCAAGGCGCCGUCGGGCGCAUCGAUUACAGCCGAGCUGGGGGGCUAUCAGCUGGCGGGGCGCCAAUCGCAGAUGCGGCAACAGCAGGCGCAACAGCAGCAGCAGAGCCAGCAGCAGCAACACAGCUCGCAGUACCCAUCGCCGGAGCAGCAGCCGCUGACGGUGUCGCCGUCGCAGUUGACGGCGUCGCCGAGUCAGACGAUGGGGUCGCCGCAUCAGUCGAACGCGUCGCCACACCAGUCGGGCUCCCUCCGCAGGCAGCCGGCACACUUCGACCUGCGCCGAGUCAAGUCGGAGUUCGAGGGCAACUCGCUGAUGCACGCGCUCGGCGCGUAG